AUGGACACCGAGCUUCUGUGUUUCUAUUUCACUGUAAUUGUUUUCUCCGCGGCUUUGUUUGUAGAGUCUGAGGCUACUACGGAUCAACUUGAUGUCGUUGCUCUAAAUGGUCUGUACAAGGCGCUGAACUCCCCGCCCCAGCUAAGAGGGUGGAAAUUGUAUGGCGGGGAUCCAUGUGGUGAAUUGUGGACAGGAGUGGCAUGUUCUGGGUCUGCCGUGAUACACCUGAACGUUCCACUACUAAAUCUUAGUGGGUAUCUAAGCCAACUUGAUAAUCUCCAUAACCUGAAGUAUCUGGAUCUAAGCUCCAAUAACAUUCAAGGUGAAAUUCCAUAUGGCUUACCCCUUAAUGUCACUCAUAUAAAUAUGGCCUGUAACAGCUUGAGCAAAAAAAUACCCCACUCGUUAUCUUUCUUGAAAAAUCUCAGGCAUCUGAAUCUAAGCCACAAUUUGUUGUCUGGACCUAUUGGGGAUGUAUUUACUAGCUUACAGAGUCUGAAGACAAUGGAUCUAUCGGACAAUAAUUUCACUGGAGAUCUACCAAAAUCUUUUGGAUCACUGACUAAUCUUACUGAACUGUUCUUGCAAAAUAACAACUUCACUGGAUCAGUGGUAUAUUUGUCUGAGCUUCCUCUAACUUACCUGAACCUUGAAGAUAAUCAUUUUAGUGGCAUUAUUCCGAUGCAGUUUCAAUCAAUUCCAAAUUUAUGGAUUUGGGGUAAUAGAUUCGAUGUAGCGGCCAUCUAUCCGCCCUGGAAUUUCCCUUUGAAUAGUGUUCCGCGUGAGAAAAAUAUUAGUAGUCCACCAACAACUGAGCAGAGUGCUGUGGUGGACUACCUCUCCCCUGAAGUAAGUGAAGAGAAGAAGAAAAGUCUAAGCCCUGUAGGAAUAGCAUGUGUGGUUGUUGGUGUGGCUCUGAUGGCUCUCUGUGCAGCAUUAUUCUUUGCAUUCCAUGUUAACCUAUCUCAUGCCAAAAGGCUCAAAAGCUUGGACAGCAGCAAUAGCACGCUGCAUUCUCUUCCGAUCAGUACAACUAUGGACUGCUCUACUACUGCACAAGCAGCUAGCCCACCAUUCUUCAGUAUCAGCAGCCCAUCCCCUCUCAUCCCAAGGCAUACUCCCCCUGUUCAUCCUACCAGUAGUGAGAAAACAUCUAGAAGAAAAAGUUUCUCACGAAAACGCAAAUUUGCAACGACUGCAAAAGUGUUUACCGUGGCAGAGCUUCAAUUAGCUACGAACAGCUUUAGUGAAGAGAAGCUUCUUGGAGAGGGAUCUCUUGGUUCUGUUUACAAAGCUGAGUUUCCAGACGGGCAAGUUUUUGCUGUAAAGAACAUCAACAUGGUAUCUUUGUCUUACCAUGAAGAAGAGCAUUUUAUGGCAGUCAUUCAGAUGGCAUCACAACUAAGGCACCCAAACAUUGUAAGACUUAUUGGCUACUCUGUAGAACAUGAACAGCAUCUUCUAGUGUAUGAAUAUGUGAGAAAUUUAUCUCUUGACGAUGCUUUGCACAAUGAAGUCUUCAAGCCAUUGUCCUGGGGUUUACGUGUUUGUAUUGCUCUCGGUAUUGCUCGGGCUUUGGACUAUUUGCACUCUACAUUCUCACCUCCUGUCACUCAUUGCAACAUAAAGGCUGCCAACAUCUUGCUUGAUGAAGAACUAAUGCCUCACAUAUGUGACUGUGGCCUAGCAAUUCUAAGACCAUUUACGAGCAAUGCUGUCAAAAUUAAGGCUUCUGAAAUUGCAAUCUGGGACAGUGGCUACAUCGCACCUGAGCACGGGGAACCAGGGAGUGAUAACACAAACAGUGAUGUGUACGCCUUUGGAGUGUUGCUGCUGGAGUUAUUAACAGGCAGAAGACCCUUUGAUAGUUCUAGACCUCGAGAAGAGCAAUCUUUGGUGCACUGGGCUUUGUUCCGUCUUCAUGAUAGUGAAAGUCUGGAACAGAUGGUUGAUCCUAGCAUUAAAAGAACAUUUCCUGCCAGGUCUCUCUCCCGUUUUGCAGACAUUGUCUCCUUAUGCAUUCAGCCUGAGAAAGAAUUCCGACCACCGAUGUCCGAAAUCGUGGAAUCUCUGACACGUCUCUUACAAACGAUGGGCCUGACGAAAAGCAGUGCAACCGAUGGUGCUGAAGUUGACCCUUUGGAGAGAUCUUUCUGUUCUACUCAAACUUGCUUCAAGGGCUCCCCACCCGCUCCCCAUAUGUCCCCGAAUCUUACAUCGGGUUCACUUAGCCAUGGGUUCUUAUUCCCGAUGUAAGAAAUACUCCAAAAUCAGCUCAUUGUUCGUUCUUUGCCACAGCAUUACAGUUUCCUAGUACUAGCUAGAUUCUCAGGAUGCAUUUGUGUACGUUGAUUCUUUUAAUGUGGUGAAACCCAGAUUUAGUUUCAUAUAUGUGCCCUUUCACUAGUGUUCAAAUUUGAUUCCUGCCGGUAAUGCAUGCAAUGCGUAGGAAAUUAAUAGUUGCCUUAUGGCUUAAAUCCUAAAAUUAUUGUAGCUAUUGUGACA